CUACAAAGCUUGGCCCCGGACCUCUCCCCGCAUCCACCACCCGCAGCGACCGCCAAACGCAGCGCAGCAUCCUCGCGUUGCAAAAUCUCUCCCAACUCCAGCGAAACCUUGAAUCCGCACCAACCAAACAACCCCCCACCACCACCGCCGCCACAAUGUCCGCCCAAGGCUACUACAACAACCAACAACAACCCCAGUACCCGCAGCAAUCCUACGGGCCGCCCCAAGGCUACCCCCCGCAGCAAGGCUACCAGCAAGGCCCCCCGCAAAUGCAGUACCAGCAGCCCAUGUACCAGCAGCCGCCGCCGCAGCAGAAAGCGCCCAAGAAGGACCGCGGCUGCCUGAUGAGCUGUCUGGCGGUGCUGUGCUGUUGUUUUGUGUGCGAGGAGGGGUGUGAGUGCUGUGUUGACUGCUGCGAGUGUGCUGAGGACUGUUGUUGAGCGGGGUGCGGCGCGGUGUGGAGAUCUGGUGAGCGUGAAUGGUUCAUGGCGAGGGGGCUGGUUGGGGAAGGUACAGGGGCGCGAAUAUCCAGACACGAGUUGUCUUUUCUUUGUGAUAAUUUAUUUGGGUUAUCCGGGUUUCUUUGGGUUCAAUACAUUUUCUUCUCUGAGCGUGCUUGGUCCAUCUCGAGUCGCGUUGAGUGCCUACUUCGA